AUGCAGGUGAAUGAUGGUCGAUUACGGACAGCUGGAGAGGCUUCUCAGCGAAGUACUAAGGAAGAUUGGGCAGAAUGGAUGAGGCAUUUUAGCAUUCAACUUCUAAAGGAGUCUCCUUCUCCAGCCUUGCGAACCUGUGCCAGGCUUGCACAGUUGCAGCCUUUUGUUGGGCGAGAGUUGUUUGCAGCUGGAUUUGUCAGUUGCUGGGCACAGUUGAAUGAGACUAGCCAGAAACAGCUAGCUGAGUUCAUGGAGCAUGAUGAGAAACCUCUCCCUAUUGACAUACGCCUUCUAGGUGCUCUUGCUGAGAAGUGUCGUGCAUUUGCAAAAGCCUUACACUAUAAAGAAAUGGAAUUUGAUCAAGCUAAGAAGAUGAAUGCCAACCGAGUUGCUGUAGUUGAAGCUCUUAUUCAUAUAAACAACCAAUUACACCAGCACGAGGCUGCGGUUGGAAUACUUACCUAUGCUCAACAGAGUCUAGAUUUCCAACUUAAGGAGUCAUGGUAUGAGAAACUGCAGCGAUGGGAUGAUGCUCUCAAGGCUUAUACUGCAAAGGCUUCUCAAGCAACAAGUCCACAUCUUGUCUUGGAUGCAACUUUAGGUAAAAUGAGAUGCCUUGCUGCAUUGGCCCAAUGGGAUGAGUUGAAUAUCCUUUGUAAAGAAUUUUGGACCCCAGCUGAGCCUGCUGCUCGUCUUGAAAUGGCACCAAUGGCUGCAAGUGCUGCUUGGAACAUGGGAGAAUGGGAUCAAAUGGCAGAAUAUGUGUCUCGCUUAGAUGAUGGUGAUGAAACAAAACUUCGAGGAUUGGGGAAUACUGCCUCCAGCAGUGAUGCGAGUAGUAGUGGUACUUUCUUCAGGGCUGUGCUGUUAGUUCGAAGAGGAAAGUAUGAUGAAGCACGUGAGUAUGUAGAAAGAGCUAGAAAAUGUCUGGCAACUGAGCUUGCUGCUCUAGUUUUGGAGAGUUAUGAGCGUGCCUACAGCAAUAUGGUUCGUGUUCAGCAACUAUCAGAACUAGAAGAGGUGAUUGAUUACCGUACACUUCCUAUUGGAGACCGAGUAUCAGAUGAGCGGCGGGCUCUUAUUCGCAAUAUGUGGACUCAGCGUAUACAAGGAGUCAAAAGCAAUGUUGAGGUUUGGCAGGCACUUUUGGCUGUUAGAGCACUUGUACUGCCUCCUGUGGAAGAUGUUGAAACCUGGCUCAAAUUCGCCUCUCUCUGCAGAAAGAGUGGGCGCAUUAGCCAGGCAAAAUCUACUUUAGUUAAACUUCUACAGUAUGACCCUGAAAAGUCUCCUGAAAAUGUACGAUAUCAUGGCCAUCCUCAAGUAAUGCUGGCAUACUUGAACUACCAGUGGUCUCUUGGAGAGGAUUCAAAGCGCAGAGAAGCAUUUAUUAGGCUUCAGAAUCUGGCUAUGGAACUUUCAACUGCACCCAGCAUUCAACCAGUUACACCAUCAAGCUUCACUAGUGGUUUGAAUCCUAGUGUUCCUCUCCUUGCUCGAGUAUAUCUAAAUCUCGGCUCCUGGCAGUGGUCACUUUUUCCUGGGCUGGUUGAUGAAUCUAUAAAAGAUAUACUUAAUGCAUUCACAAAAGCGACUCAGUAUGCAAAUAAAUGGGCGAAAGCUUGGCGUAAGUGGGCAUUAUUCAACACAGCAGUGAUGUCUCACUACACUUUAAGAGGUUUCCCUGAUGUUGCAGCACAAUUUGUUGUUGCGGCUGUCACUGGAUACUUUCAUUCUAUAGCAUGUGCAGCAAAUUCCAAAGGUGUCGAUGAUAGUUUACAGGAUAUUCUUCGGCUUCUGACAUUAUGGUUCAACCAUGGAGCUACAGCAGAAGUACAAUCGGCCCUAAAGAAAGGAUUUUCUCUAGUUAAUAUCAAUACUUGGCUAGUAGUUCUACCUCAAAUAAUUGCUAGGAUACACUCUAAUAACCAUGCUGUGAGAGAGUUGAUACAGUCACUUUUGGUUCGGAUUGGGCAAAAUCAUCCACAGAUUUCACCUCUUGAAACUGAAGAUAUUGUGAACAACCGGAGGCAUAAAGCUCUCAUGUAUCCUUUGCUUGUGGCCUGCAAAUCAAUAAGCAACUUACGCAAGGCUGCAGCUCAAGAAGUUGUUGACAAAGUUAGGCAGCAUAGUGGUGUACUGGUGGAUCAGGCACAACUUGUAUCAAAGGAACUGAUCAGAGUUGCCAUUCUUUGGCAUGAACUGUGGCAUGAAGCACUGGAAGAAGCUAGUCGAUUGUAUUUUGGUGAGCAUAAUAUUGAAGGGAUGCUUAAGGUGUUGGAGCCAUUGCAUGAAAUGCUUGAAGAAGGAGCAAUGAAGAACAAUGUCACCAUAAAGGAGAGAAUAUUUAUUGAGGCAUAUAGACAGGAAUUGUUAGAGGCUUAUGAGUGCUGUAUGAAUUAUAAGAGGACUGGGAAAGAUGCUGAGCUGACCCAGGCAUGGGAUAUCUAUUAUCAUGUAUUCAGAAAGAUAGAUAAGCAACUUCAAAGCCUUACGACUUUAGACCUAGAGUCUGUUUCUCCGGAAUUACUGGAAUGCCGUAAUUUAGAGCUUGCUGUUCCUGGGACAUACAGAGCAGGAUAUGCUGUUUUCUGCCAUGGCGAUACCAUAUUCAUGGCUCCUAGGCAGUUCACAGUGCUUAUGGUGGAAUAUGCAUCGGUGGUUACAAUUGCAUCAUUUGCUCGCCAACUUGUUGUCAUAACAUCUAAGCAACGACCUAGGAAGUUAACCAUUCAUGGGAGUGAUGGUGAUGAUUACGCCUUCUUAUUGAAGGGUCAUGAGGAUUUACGCCAGGAUGAACGAGUCAUGCAGCUUUUUGGUUUGGUGAAUACUCUGCUUGAGAAUUCUCCCAAAACAGCAGAGAAAGAUCUGUCUAUCGAGCGAUAUGCAGUAAUCCCAUUGUCUCCAAAUAGUGGUUUAAUUGAAUGGGUGCCAAAUUGUGACACCUUGCAUCAUCUUAUCCGGGAGUAUAGAGAUGCCAGAAAGAUCACCUUGAAUCAGGAACACAAAUGCAUGCUCAGUUUUGCACCUGAUUAUGAUCAUUUGCCUCUUAUAGCUAAAGUGGAGGUGUUUGAACAUGCUUUGAACAAUACAGAAGGAAAUGACCUAGCAAGGGUGCUUUGGUUGAAGAGUCGAACAUCUGAGAUAUGGCUUGAAAGGAGGACAAAUUAUACGAGGAGUUUGGCAGUUAUGAGCAUGGUUGGAUACCUUCUUGGUUUAGGUGAUCGCCAUCCGAGCAAUCUUAUGUUACAUCGGUUUAGUGGCAAGAUUUUACACAUAGAUUUUGGAGACUGUUUUGAAGCAUCAAUGAACCGUGAGAAGUUCCCAGAAAAGGUUCCCUUUCGCUUGACAAGAAUGCUUGUGAAGGCCAUGGAAGUUAGCGGUAUUGAGGGAAACUUUCGUUCAACUUGCGAAAAUGUUAUGCAAGUUCUUCGAACAAAUAAAGAUAGUGUUAUGGCCAUGAUGGAGGCCUUUGUACAUGAUCCUCUCAUAAAUUGGCGUCUUUUUAACUUCAAUGAAGUUCCACAAAUGUCUAUGCUUACCAGCAAUCAUGUAGCUCCUGCUGUAAAUAAUGAGGAAUCUGCUCCAAAUAGAGAGCUUCCCCACCCUCAGCGUGGUGCCCGUGAAAGGGAACUUCUCCAGGCUGUUAACCAACUUGGUGAUGCUAAUGAAGUUCUGAAUGAGCGUGCUGUGGUUGUCAUGGCUCGCAUGAGUAAUAAACUUACUGGAAGGGAUUUUUCAGCUUGUUCUUCAGUGUCAAACAACUCCCUUCAGCAUGCUGUAGACCACAGUAGCUUAAUUUCUGGAGACAAUCGGGAAGUUGAUCAUGCUUUAUCUGUUAAGUUGCAAGUUCAAAAGUUAAUUAUUCAAGCUUCCUCACAUGAAAAUUUGUGCCAAAAUUACGUCGGGUGGUGCCCUUUCUGGUAA